GGGCUUAAGUAAUGGCGCUCCAUCUUUAGCGCUGUCUCGGAGAUUUUGGAGUUCUCACGGCCUCUGGCUGGAUUCAAGCAAGUUUUCCUCAGAUGGCUCAAUCGAGGGCCAACUUUUCAUCCCGAAACCUUACCAAAACGCAACUAGGCGGUGUCGUUUUCGGCUGCACCAAAGAUACCAUCAAGGAAUGCUUGUCCAAACACUUGUUUGGUUUACCUUACAACCACAUUUCAUACGUGCAGAAGAUUGAUACUGCCCUCCCCUUGUUUCUUUUCAACUAUUCUGAUCGUAAACUUCAUGGCAUUUUCGAGGCUGCUGGUCCUGGUCUCCUCAAUAUCAAUCCUUAUGCCUGGACCUCUAAUGGUUCCGACAGAACUUCUUUUCCUGCCCAGGUUCAAAUCAGUGCUCGGUUACAGUGUGAACCCCUUUCUGAAGAACAAUUCAAACCUGCCAUUGAAGAUAAUUACUACACUUGUCACCAUUUUUGGUUCGAGCUUGAUCAUUUACAGACUAAUAAGUUGAUUUGUCUGCUUACUUCCUUUGCUCUCAAACCUAAACCACCCCUCAGUACAUGUACCCCACAGAACAGACAGCUUUUUCACUUUCCUUCAUCACCUCAAAUUGGAGACCAAGUUAAGCCUUCCAAGAAUGAACCCGUGGAGGUGUCACUCGUUUCUGCCAAGGAAUCUGACUCCUCACUCUCUGAACAAAUGAAUAAGGACUGUCUUCUUGAAGAAGAACUGAGGGAUCUCGCCCUUAGUCAUGACGACAAUACUCUGAUCAAAACCGUUGACCAACCAAACAUUCCCACCUGCAACAACUUGAAAGGAGAUGGCGGUUCUCUGGUUUCAUCUCCUCCUCAACAUACUACAAUUAUCCAGUUGAUGCACGAGGUGAAGGAACUCAGGGCAUACGGAAUUGAAAAUUCAACCAAGAUAUGCUACUUGGAAGAGAAACUGGGUGAAGCACACAUUGAAAUCCAUAGACUGAGAGAGCGUUGCAACAUGCUGGAGUCCAAAUCAGCAGGUUCUUUGAUCUCCAAAGCUCGUGGUAGUGAUGUGGGGGAGAGCCAUUCACCAGAUGAUUCAACCGAGGCAAUACUUCUUUUGGGCGGAUUUGAUGGUUACUCUGAAUCAGGAUUGUCAUCAGUGCAAUCAUAUUUUCCAUCUAGGAAUGUUGUAAUGGCUCAUAGUUCGAUGAGCUGUAUCCGCUCAAAUGCUUCAGUGGCAAAAUUGGAUGGUAAAGUUUACGUCUUUGGAGGGGAUGAAGGUGGCCAUGGCUGGUCGAACACAGUUGAAUCAUAUAACGAGACGGAUGGCCGGUGGAGCUUGUGCCCUCCCUUGAACGACCGGAAAGGAAAUUUAGGUGGAGCCACGUUGGAUGGAAAAAUAUUUGCAAUAGGAGGCGGGAACGCUGAGGUGGUUUUUUCAGAUGUUGAGAUGCUUGAUCCAGAUAUAGGGAGAUGGAUCAGAACAAGGUCAAUGGAGCACAAGAGAUUUGCAGUUGCAGCCUCGGAGCAUAACGGUUCGAUAUAUGCUGUCGGUGGUUUUGAUGGGAAGGAGUACCUCAACACAGCUGAAAGGUUUGAUCCUAGAGAGCACUCGUGGAUGAGAAUUGCAUCGAUGAAGUCAAGAAGAGGCUGCCAUUCUCUUGUUGUUUUGAACGAGAAACUAUAUGCGAUAGGUGGGUAUGAUGGAUCGACAAUGGUAUCGAGUGUGGAGAUAUAUGAGCCACGGAGAGGGACAUGGAUAGAGGGAGAAGCAAUGAAGGAGGCAAGAGGAUAUUCAGCAGCGGCAGUAGUGAAAGACUGCAUAUAUGUGAUCGGAGGAUACGAGGGGGAAGGAGUAGACAUCUUAGACACUGUUGAGUGUUUCAAGGAUGGCAAAGGGUGGGAAAAGGUGCCGUGUUCAUCCAUGGGGAGGCGUGGCUUUCUAUCCGCAGUGGCUUUGUAAAGUGAAAAAGCCUUCUUCUUGUUUUGUAUCUAUGGCAAAGUCAUUACUCUGGAGAUGAGAGAGAGAGCCAUUGAUAGGGAACUCUCUAGGAGUUUAGGAGGCAUUUUAGACGUUGGGGGAAGAGUGUUUUUGGAUGCAAAAUGGAUUUUGCUAUAAUGAUGGUUUUGUAAAUUUCAGUUGGAAAACUGACUUGUCUGAAACAGAAGAUUAUAAUUAAAAUAUCGUUGAAACUCGCAA